UAAGGACGACUAGCGUCACGAGUAUAGGCGCCGCGUCGCGCAGAACACAGUUUCCCGAAAAUGAGGGUAAGGAACUUCAAUAUAUAUCUGCGAGAGCAGGGUUUAUUACGUCAUGCUAAUCCUAAUGUGUUGCGCGGUAUGCGCGUUGGUAUCGACGCGGUGUACUUUUUCAGGUCUUUGAAAGGUAUAUGUGAUCCGGUGAGUGAGGUGGGUGGUAGUUUACCUCCUACUUUCGUAGCCAUUGUUGAGGAGAAUGUAGCGCAAUUGGAGCGUUUAGGAAUCCAGCCGCUCUUUGUAUUUGAGGGUAUGCAAUCAAAGUCACAUUUGCUUCUUUCAGCUCAGUUGAUGACUUUAAGUGUAGCUGAAGGCUGGCUUUCGUAUUCUCGUGGUGAUUUUCCUGGUGCCAUUGGGAAAUUUCUACAAAACAGCUUGAUAUUCAGUGAAGACUUGAUUCAGGUUCUUAUACAUUUAUUGCAUAAUAUGGGCAAGAGCGCUAUACGUUGCCCCUAUUUAGCUGCUGCACAGUUGAGUUAUUUUUGUGCUGAGGGCACUGUUGACGCGAUCUUAGGUCCGCCAUCACUUAUGUUGUUUGGUGUUCCUAGAUGUAUUAUAUCAAUCGACUUUCCGAAAAGUUCUUUUGAGUGGGUCGAGUUGAAGGAGGUCUUUCAGCGUUUAGAGAUAUCUCAUCCUCAGUUGGUUGAUGUCUGUCUUUUAGCUGGUACUGAGCAUUGUUUAAGUUUUCCAUCACAGAAUGCAUUUUCCUUUGGUCACUGUGUUGACAUGAUCAAACAGGGUCCCAUUGCGAAGCACUUAUCUCAGUUACCCCAAAGGGAGGCAUUAAAUGACUACAUUGAUGGUUAUUGUCUGACAAAGGCUUUGGUCACAUAUCCACUUGUUCUAGACAAGAAAGGUGAACUUCGUCCUUUGCAGAAGGGCGCGAAGAUACCGAUGGAUUAUUACAAGAUCGUUGGUACAAAGAUUCCUCAGGGCAUAUAUCACCUAUUGGGGCAAUGUUUGAUUAGUCCCAAGAUACCGUUAGCUUUAGCUACUGGCGAAUGGAUUGAUGACUUUAGUCUUACGGAUACCAUUGAAUUGCGUGAAUUGUUACAGGACACUCGUGAGUACAAGUGCAGAGCGCUUGGUUUAGCUGUUUUUAAGCUUGAUCCAGCAUAUCAGUCUCGUCAAAUUCGUUUUCAGGGUCAUGUAACGUUUGUUAAGGGUCAUCCUCCCAUUAAGCAGAACGCUGUUGCUGUCAUUCCCAACACUUGCAGCACUCGUAUGUUAUCCCAACACGGUUUGACUGAUUUAUCUGGUGAAAUAUCUCGUCAGAACAAGGGCACCGUUGACCCUGAGUUUAUUUUGUCAUGGCACCUUAAGAUGAGCACUAAGAUGCUGAAGGAGGUGACUCCUCCAAUGGCAUCAGAGGCCAUUUCGAACAUGUUUGGCACAGAAUCGGAUGCUCAGAAGGCUUCUAGGCAGGAUAUAUAUCGUGCUAAUUUAUGGUGUAUUAUGCUUGAUAACUUAGGUUACUUUGCUCGUAUGGGCGGUGCCACUGCCUUUGGCAAGGUACUAGCAAACUCCGGCCUGGGAUUAACUGGCAUUUUGUUCAUUGAGAUGUUGAAGUUUGGUCUUUUUACGGGCGAUGAGUUUGAGAUACCUGCUGACGCCCCUAUAUCUAAGGAAGUGAUAAGUAAAUACCGAGGCACUAUGCCUCAGGAUGUGUUUGACAUGAUAAGUUUGAUUUCCCGCGUUGCAUGUUUGGUUCCUGCUACUGUUGAGCCCGUGCAUUGGCGUGGUGAGAUUGACUACAAUGUGGCUAACUACAUGGCCCAUGUUAAGGUAAUAAAACGUAGCUUCAACUAUUUGGUUGAGGGUACUAUUAUCCUUAUGGGUGGUUUGAUUGACGGCGUUGACCCCCCUUAUAUGUUGGAGAGCAAUUGCUUCUUGGGUAUUGUCCUCAGGUGGCUUCUUGUCCACGAAUACAGUGGCCAUGAGGGUCAAUUGGACGGUGACCUGGUAGAUCUCACGCGUGCUAAGUUCCCCAACAUGGUAGAUGUGAAGUCUGACUUGGAGGCCUUUGUACAGUUUUGGAUGAAGAUAUCCGUGAUGCUACAUUCCCUUGAGAAGUAUGUGCACAUAGAGGCCAUAGCCACUUUUGACCGUGGCACUGAAAUGUUACGUUCAGUAGUAGAGCACUUUGGCAUUUCUUUACCGGAUCUGUCUCAGUAAGGUUUAUAGAGUGUCUUGGUGUUGUUCCUUUUGUACCUUGGGUACAUGUUAACAUGGAUGUCAUUCAGUCAUGUGAAUGUCUGCAAUGACACUUAACGGCAGUGCUGGUAAUUCUAUAGUUUG